AUGGGCGACAUAGGCAGCGACGCCUCUCAAAUAGACAGAGGCAACCAAGGAAACAACAAGCCGACUCCCGAAAACCAAACCCUCUUGCAAGGCUUCGAAUGGAACGUCCCAGACGACUUCAAGCAAUGGACGCGCCUCCACGACGCGCUCCCCGUGCUCCAAUCCAUCGGUGUCACGAACCUCUGGCUGCCGCCCGGCUGCAAGGCCAGCAGCCCUAAAGGCAACGGCUAUGACAUCUACGACCUCUACGACCUCGGCGAGUUCGACCAGAAAGGCGGGAAGCCGACGAAGUUCGGCUCCAAGGAGGACUUGGACAAACUGGCAAGCCGAGCGCAAGAGCUGGGCGUCGGCCUGUACUGGGACGCGGUACUGAACCACAAGGCAGCGGCCGACAGCAUCGAGAAGUGCAUGGUCGUCGACGUGGACGAGCAGGACCGGGCCAAGGAGAUCGGCGAGCCGCACGAGAUCGAGGCGUGGCUGGGCUUCGAGUUCAAGGGGCGCGGCGACAAGUACAGCAAGCAGAAGUACCACUGGUACCACUUCUCCGGCACGGACUGGGACCAGAAGACGGAAAAGAAAGCCAUCUACAAGAUCCUGGGCGACAACAAGGGCUGGAGCCGGAGUGUGGGCAAGGAGGACGGCAACGCGGAUUACCUCAUGUUCGCGGAUGUGGACUACUCCCACCCUGAAGUCGAGGAAGAUGUCAAGCAGUGGGGCGCGUGGAUCACGAAGGAGGUGAAGCUCAAGGGCUUCCGACUAGACGCCGUGCAGCACAUUUCCGGGCGCUACAUGUGCGAAUGGGCCAAAUAUAUCUGGGAGCAAUGCGGCAAGGACGUCUUCUUCGUCGGCGAGUUCUGGGUCGGGGACGCCGAUGAGCUAAACAAGUGGAUCAAGGAGACCGAGGGCAUCUUCUCCCUCUACGACGCCCCGCUUCUGAACAACUUCUCCAGCCUCUCCCAGACCGAGGCCGGAGAUCUGCGCCAAGUCUUCGACGGCUCGCUCGUCAAGGUCAAUCCCGACAAGGCUGUGACCGUCGUGAUGAACCACGACACCCAACCGGGCCAAACCGUCGAGACGCCCGUGGAAGCCUUCUUCAAGCCGCUCGCCUACGCGCUCAUCCUGCUGCGGCAAGAAGGCUACCCCUGCGCCUUCUACGGCGACCUCUACGGCCUGCGUGCCAACCCCGACGACGACGACGUAAAACCCCAGCCCCCCGCCUGCAGCGGCAAGCUCGCCGACCUGCUGCGCGCCCGCAAGCUCUUCGCGUACGGCGAGCAGGACGACUAUUUCGACGCCGAGAACUGCGUUGGGUGGGUCAGGCGCGGGACGUGGGAUCGGCCGGGGUGCGCGGUCGUGAUGAGCAAUGCGGCGGAGAACGAGAAGAGGAUGUUUGUGGGCGAGGAUCGCGCUGGUGAGGUGUGGGUUGAUGUGUUGGGGUGGGCGGAGGGAGAGGUCGAGAUUGAUGGGGAGGGGUUUGGCAUGUUUACGUGCCCGGGGGUGAGCGUGGCUGUGUGGGUACACAAAGAGGUGGAAGGCAGAGAGAAAUUCCCUGUCAACUUUGACGCGGAUAUCUAUGGGGAGGGGGAGUAG